AACCUCAUGCUUCCUCAUGCACCUUUCCGCGAUGCAUUAGUGGAAGUACCCGUAUGUCAAGCUAUGUACAAUCUGAUUUAGUUUCGCUGUUUCGCAAGGCUGAUCGAGGUAUCCGAGAGUCUGCUGGCACUUAAUCAUCGGCUGUCUCUGGUAGGCCGUUCACGGCGAAUUCCAUAGCUAAUGUAUAUGGCCAGGUACUUUUCAUGGAUAUCGUUCCCAUCACACCAGCGCAGGGUCUAUCGUUGGCGGUAGACUUGGCGGUCUCUUUUUGGUCGCACACAUUGUUGUGUGCAUGUUCUUUUGGCGAGAACAGCUCACCAGCACCGCCAGUCUGUUUUUUCCCCCUCGCCCUUACCACUCCAUAUACGGUCAUCCGCACUAUUGCCCAUGAACUCGCAACAAAUGCGUCUACUUUAAGCAAUUUCAUGAAAGUGGACCUAGCCCUUCCCUACUACAAUUAGUAGCCCUUCACCCGCAGCGAGCAGUAAUCAUGUCAAUACAACCUUUAUAGGGCC